GAAGACAAUCUCUAAUUGAAAAUAAACGUUUACAGCACACAAGGCAAAUACGUCAAGAUAUGGGUGGAAUAUGUCGAGCUACUGAAGCUCUAUUAGAAAAGCUAUAUAAUCUGUUGGGAAAAGAGAAGGAUCUUCUUAAGCUUCUAAAGAGUAAAGAGGCUCUAAAACUUCUUGGUAGUGCCCUUGGGAUUUAUAUUGUAGCAAAAUCUGCACAUCAUCUCUACUCUUUAUUUCUUUGGCGUAGACAAACAACGAAAGCAUUGUCGCAAUAUCCCACCCCACCCCGACAUUGGCUUUAUGGACACGCUCUUUACUUUAAAGAUCGCUCUAAAGCUUUCGAAACCAUUCAAAAAUUUAGUAAGGAUUACAACGGUGCAUGGAUAAAUUCCAUCGGACCAUUUAGCGACCGAUUGAUAAUUACAAAAGUAAAAUACGCCAAAGAUAUUCUAUCUACAGCAGAACCGAAAGAACCUUACUCUUAUGGCUUUCUAAAACUCUGGUUAGGAGAUGGUCUCCUACUCAGUUCAGGACCUAAAUGGUUUAGAAGUAGAAGACUCUUGACACCAGCGUUUCAUUUUGAUAUUCUGAAACCUUAUUCUAAAUUGUUUUCGGAUUGCGCUAAUACGUUGAUUAACAAAUGGAAAGACAAAUUAGCACACAAGGAAAAUAUGGAUAUUGAACUCUACAAUGAAAUUAGUCUGCUAACACUUGACGACCUUUUAAAAUGUAUCUUUGGUCAAGAAAGCAACUGUCAAACAUCUAGCAACUCUCAUCCCUACUUAGAGGCUGUUCAAAAUGUAACUCGUUUACUUAUGCAAAGAGCGCUUAAUGUAUUGAAUUUAAUUACAUUUAUAUACUAUCUAACACCGACAAGUUGGUACUAUUUGUAUAAUAUACAUAAACUGCAUUCAUUUACCAGAAAAGUUAUAAAAGAAAGACAGGCGCUAUUGAAAGCAAAACCGGAUUAUACGAAACAUAGAAGAUAUUUGGAUUUUAUCGAUAUUCUCCUUUCGGCAAGGGACGAAAACGGAAAAGGUCUCAGCGACCAGGAGAUUGCUGAUGAAGUGGACACGUUUAUGUUUGAAGGUCACGAUACUACCGCUGCAGGAAUUUCAUUUGCCCUCUAUAAUCUGGCAAAAUACCCGGAAAUUCAAGAGAAAUGUAGAGAGGAAGUAAUGGAAGUUUUAGGAGAAUCCGAUACCGUUUCCUGGAAUGAUUUAUCAAAAUUGACGUAUCUGACAAAAACUUUGAAAGAAAGUCUUCGAGUUAGUCCACCAGUACCAAGUAUACAAAGAGAAAUUACUGAAGAAAGAACACUUUGUGAUGGACGAAGAUUACCAAAAGGCGUUGCUGUCGUUCUUUCAAUUUAUGCUAUUCAUCAUGAUCCGGAUGUUUGGGAAAACCCUGAUAAGUUUGAUCCUGAAAGGCACUCGAUUAGAGGGGAGAGAGACCCUUUCGCCUUCGUUCCGUUUUCGGCUGGACCAAGGAACUGUAUAGGGCAAAAUUUUGCCCUCAACGAAAUGAAAGCGACAGUAGCAAUUGUCUUAAAACAUUUUUUUUUAUCUGAAAUUAAGGGUUUCAAAGCUCAGCCCGUAGGACAAGUAACAAUAAAAUCUCUGAAUGGAUUAUGGGUUAAUCUUCGACCUUUGAAGGAGUAG